AUGGAGAACGUUCUGAGCAGUGAAAGAACCCCUUCUCGUAGUUUUCCAUCAAUUGAUGAGGAAAUAGUUGGUUUUGAGGAAGAUGCGGAAAGUAUAAUUGGCAUGGAGAAUGUUCUGAGCAGUGAAAGAACCCCUUCUCCUAGUUUUCCAUCAAUUGAUGAGGAAAUAUUUGGUUUUGAGGAAGAUGCGGAAAGUAUAAUUGGCAUGGAGAACGUUCUGAGCAGUGAAAGAACCCCUUUUCGUAGUUUUCCAUCAAUUGAUGAGUUAAUAUUUGAUUUUGGGGAAGAUGCGGAAAGUAUAAUUGGCAUGGAGAACGUUCUGAGCAGUGAAAGAACGUCUUUUCGUAGUUUUCCAUCAAUUGAUAAGUUAAAACUUGAUUUUGAGGAAGAUGCGGAAAGUAUAUUUGGCAUGGAGAACGUUCUGAGCAGUGAAAGAACCCCUUCUCCUAGUUGUCCAUCAAUUGAUGAGGACAUAUUUGGUUUUGAGGAAGAUGCGGAAAGUAUAAUUAGCAUGGAGAACGUUCUGAGCAGUGAAAGAACCCCUUCUCGUAGUUUUCCAUCAAUUGAUGAGGAAAUAGUUGGUUUUGAGGAAGAUGCGGAAAGUAUAAUACAGAAAUUGACUGGAUGUACCGAGGAACUAGACGUUGUCUCGAUUGUUGGAAUGCCUGGACUAGGCAAAACAACUUUGGCUAAAAAGGUGUUCACUCAUCCAAGCGUGGAUAAACACUUUGACGUUCAAGCAUGGUGUUCUAUUUCAAAAGAAUAUAAUUUGAGGAAGAUGUGCUCUGAGAUUCUUAAACAAGUUUUAGGCAGUGUGGAUGGUAUACGAAAUGAAGACAUGCCUGACAAGUUGCGCAAGAGUUUAAUGAACAAGAGAUACCUCAUUGUUUUAGAUGAUAUAUGGGAAGUUGAGGCUUGGGAAGAGUUGCAGUUAUCUUUCCCGGAUGAUGAAAAUGGAAGCAGAGUAGUGCUAACAACUCGAGAUGAAGAAGUGGCCAGGCAGCUUAAGCACCACAGUGAUCCAUAUUUUCUUCGAUUUCUCACAGUUGAUGAGAGCUGGGACUUACUUCAGAAGAAAGUAUUUCAAGGAGAGAUUUGUCCCCGAAAGCUACUCAGAACAGGAUUACGAGUUGCUGAAAGCUGCAAAGGAUUACCUCUUGUGAUCGUUUUGAUUGCUGGAAUUAUUGCAAAGAAAAGGGAAGCCUCUGUAUGGCUUGAGAUCGCGAAAGAUUUAAGGUCCCAUGUUUUAGAAGAGCAAAAUAUGAAGAUAAUAGAAUCAAGUUACGAUUAUUUGGAAGACCAUUUGAAGUCUUGCCUUCUUUACAUGGGAUUGUUUCUAGAAGACUACAAAUUUCCAGUGUCCGAUUUGCUAAACUUAUGGAUAGCCGAAAAUUUUGUACAAAACAUGGGCUUAGAGAACGUGGAGGAAGCAUCUAAAACUUGCUUGAAUGAACUAGUGAAAAAAAGCCUAGUAAUUGUUUCUGGACGGAGAGAAGAUAAUGGUGAGAUAGAGUACUGCACUGUUCAUGAUGUAGUGCAUGAGUUUUGCUUGAGGAAACUUACAGAAGAAAAGCUUAUGCAGUACCGGCCUUCAGAGGAACCCCAGUAUAUUAGGUUUAUCCAUGAUGAUCUUGUUCACCAAUUGGAGCAGUAUACAACAUCAUUGGAUAGGAUUCCAAUGUUGGCAGGCUUGAAGGAAGGAGAGUCUUUUGCUCAAUGUCAUGAUAGGUCUCUUAAGUUUAUUGCUCGUCCAAAGUCCCGUGAUAGCUUAAGAUUUAUUCGGGUGUUGCACUUGUCAGAUGUCUGUUCGGAAAGACGUUCUUGGACUACGGUAGUGCAAGCAGCAACUCACUUGAGGUAUCUUGCAAUUUGUACCCAAGAAUUUGAUUUCCAGUGGGUAUCACACCUACAAGAUCUGCAAACUUUGCAGGUGGUGCGAAAUGAUGAUCAACUUUUGGGGUACUUUGAAACAUCACCUUCUAUUUGGAAAAUGCAGAAGCUAAGACAUGUGGAUAUACAGGACUUUUCCUUCAAAUGGGAAGACAAUGAUCGAGCACUUUUCGAAAAAUCUUCAGAAACUGUGUUACCUAACUUGAAGUCUUUUGGGAAGUGUCGUAUAUACUUGGUUGAUAAGACUCCGGAGUUCUGGUGGAGAUUUCCAAAUAUUGAACAACUCAAGCUCCACUUUAUUGAACCAGGUUAUGAAGUUGAUAUGCCGAAUCUUGAAGAACUCCCACUUCUAUCUCUCGAACUGUGUUUCUCACGCGCAAUUUCAGGCUACAAAUCCAUAGGACGGGCCAGCUGUGUUGUCUUCCCUUCAAAUCUAAAGGAUUUGUCCCUUGAUAGGCUUUGCCUGACUGAAAAAGCUGUUUCACAACUUGCAAGACUGCGAAACCUUGAGAGUCUCAAACUACGUGAAGUAUACUUCCAAGUCUGA